CAAGCUCAUAAAAAAUAAACCAAACCAAGCUUGAACAAUCAUUUCAAAAGCUUGGUUCAUUUUAAGCUCGACUCGGUUACCUUAUCAAACAAGCUUGAACACCCCAAAACUUGGCUUGGCUCGACACGUUUACAACCUUAAUGGAGAAGGUACAAUUUGCCACCUAUUUCUUCCGGGGAUGAGUAGUGGAUUGGUGGCAUGUGCGGAAGCAAACGUUUAGGACUUGGUCCAUAUCCUGGAAGCAAUUCAAGGAGGCAUUUGAAAGUAAAUAUUAUCCAGAAGCAUUUAAAGAUGUGAGAUGUCAAGAAUUUUUGAGUAUUCGCCAAGAAGAUAAAAAUGUAAUGGACUAUUGUGCGGAAUUUGACAAGUUGGCAGAAUUUUGGUCAUCAUCAGUAGCUACUUGUGCAGACCGUCAGAAACAUUUCAUUCAGGGACUUGCGCCUUAUAUCCGGAUUAAAAUGUCUAGAUUGAUUCACACAAGCUUUUAGGAGACCUUAGACAGAGCCAUUUCUAUUGAGGCGAUACGACGAAGAUUAAAUAAGGAAAAGGAACAACACUAAAAUAAAUCCCAAUCAGAUCAUUGAGGAAAAGAACGACAACGUGAUAGAUGAAACUCUCAUAACAAGGAACAAGAUGAAGGAAACAUCAUGGAGGGUUCCCCUCUAUUUAAGAAGAAAGCAAAGAAUAAGAACACAUCAUUUCAGGGAUUCUCACGCUCGACUAACACCUACUAGAAGGGAAGAUCAAAUGAUUCAGAAGUUGUAGGUUAGAGUUGAUGUUAUCUUUGUGGGCGGGAUGGACAUCGGACUUUGAGGUGUCAACUAGAUCAUGAUAUUUGUUUUUAUUGCAAACUGCCUGGGCGCCAAAGCAAAGAUUGCAUGUUAUGAGCACAUGAGUCCAGGAAACCGGGACACAACAAGGACAGGCAUUCCAACAACCUCAGCCCCAAUCACAAUCACAAAGGAGUCAACAAAGAUAUCAACCAACUUGGUCACAACCACAUACUUCUCAACAACAAUAUCCACAAUCACAGAUGUACCAAUGACAGGCACAACCAAUACCUCCAUACCAAUCUACCUAAUAUUUCUACUCUACUCAGCCGACUCAAGUUCCCACACAACCCCUUCUGACGUACGUGCCCGCUGGAGCCCCAUCUCAGGAGCCUGCUACUAGACGGGUUUAUGCAAUGACUAAUGAGGAUGCAUGACGAGCUGAUGGAUCAAUUAUCAAAGUUUUAGGUAGAACGUGUUCCACGCAUUCACCUCCUCUCCUUCUUGGCCAAGGACCUUCCUCUCCUCACUGUGGCUAUCUCCUCUCUACCACCCUUCUAGACAAUCUCUACUUCACGACCUACUUAGGUUCAAAGGCCUGAGGUCGCUGCUUAACUGAUCUCAUUGCCCUUGCUCAUCUAUCUUGGCGAUAAAAUGAUAUCUGCAAUUAGUUGGGUACCAAAGGGAGCUUCUAAGGUCUCCCCGGUGGAGGUUGAACCACCCUCCAUAGAAGAAAUUGAGGAGAUUUUGAGCACAGGAGCAUUGGAAAAAGGUGGAGACAGUGAUGUCGAGGAAGGAGAGGAUAUGGAUGUCGAUGCUUCCAUAGAAGAAGAUGAGGUAGUGCAUGCAUUGGCUGCAGCUAAAGCUUUGUCUAACAAAGCGGAUAAGAGUUCUAGUUGUUUCCCUGAUAUAGCUGAUAGCCUUCGAGAACUUGACAUGGAUCACUAUGAUGAUGAGGAUGAUGGAAUUGAGCUAUUUAGUACUGGUCUAGGCAACAGUUACUAUCCAAGUAAUGAUAUGGACCCUUAUCUGAAGAACAAGGAUGAUGAUGAUGAUGACGAUGACGAUGACGAAGACGACGAUGAGAUAGAAGAUAUGACCAUAGAACCAACUGAUGCAGUUAUAGUCUGUGCAAGAAAUGAAGAUGAAGUCAGUCAUCUUGAGGUUUGGAUUUUUGAAGAAUCGGAGGAUGGAGAUUCAAACAUGUAUGUUCAUCAUGACAUAAUCCUUGCAGAUUUUCCCCUCUGCACGGCAUGGUUAGAUUGUGGCCGUAAAGGUGAUGAGAAAGGCAAUUUCAUAGCUGUUGGCUCCAUGGAGCCUGCUAUUGAGAUAUGGGACCUUGAUCUUGUUGAUGAAGUUCAACCUUUUAUGGUCCUAGGGGGUGUCUCGAGAAAGAAGAAAACAGGGAAAAAGACCUCCGUCAAAUACAAAAAAAAUAGUCAUAGGGACUCUGUACUUGGGCUUGCAUGGAAUAAGGAAGUGAGGAAUGUUCUAGCUAGUGCAAGUGCAGACAAAACUGUGAAGAUAUGGGAUGUAGUUACUGGCAAAUGUGCUGUAACUGUUGAGCAUCAUAAAGACAAGGUCCAAGCAGUUGCAUGGAGUCGAUAUUCUCCUGAAAUACUUAUCAGUGGUUCUUUUGAUCCAUCAGUUGCUGUGAUGGAUAUGAGAUCAAGUUCUCAAGUCUGCAACGAAUGGUCUGUCACAUCUGAUGUUGAAAGUUUAGCAUGGAACCCACACUCAGAGAACACAUUUGUGGCAAGUCUUAACGAUGGUACUGUUCAAGGUUUCGACAUCCGGGCUUUGUCAGACUCCAGCUCCAGCGCCAGCUCUAAUUCCAAACCAACUUUCACACUUAAGGCUCAUGAUAAAACUGUUACUUCAAUCUGCUUCAACCCUGCAGCUCCAAAUUUCCUUGCUACAGGUUCAACAGAUAAAACGGUGAAAUUGUGGGACGUGUCAAACAAUCAACCAUCAUGCAUUGUAUCUCAGAAAUUCAAGGCGGGUGCAAUAUUCUCUAUAGCCUUUUCAGAUGAUUGCCCUUUCUUGUUAGCUAUUGGAGGUUCUAAAGGGAAAUUGGAAGUGUGGGACACCCUAUCUGAACCAAAAAUUGCCAAUAGAUAUGGCAAGAGAGGUGAUGGAAGUAAUCCAGCACCAUCAUCAGAUUGAGCUUUGACGUGUUCAGUUUUGAGCUUUAAAAUGUGAGGAUGUUUUGAGCAGACUUUUUUUUGCCCCCCUUUUCCUUACUAUUUUAAAUCUGUCACCUUAACAAUUAAGAAGAUCCAAAUUUUAUUUUAAAUUUUUGUCGAAUCGAAAUGUAUAGGAUGGAAAGCACUUUUUAUUUAAUUGACAAAUUUCUGAGUUUUUUUUAAA